GCACGGAAGGUCCUGGUGUCAGUGUCUCAGAGGAGAGACAGAGUCCUGCUGAGAGUAGUGGCAUAACUGUCAUCUAUAACCCUUAUGCAUCCCUUUCUAUUGAACAACAAAGACAAAAGCUGCCUGUUUUUAAGCUAAGAAAUCACAUACUUUAUCUAGUGGAGAACUAUCAAACUCUGGUGAUUGUUGGGGAAACAGGUUGUGGGAAAUCAACGCAGAUUCCGCAAUACCUAGCAGAAGCUGGCUGGACAGCUGAAGGAAGAGUUGUCGGAGUGACACAGCCUCGUCGGAUUGCUGCUGUUUCUGUUGCAGGCCGAGUUGCUGAUGAAAGAGGUGCAGUGUUGGGGCAUGAAGUUGGAUAUUGUAUUCGGUUUGAUGACUGCACAGAUCCACAGGCUACAAGAAUUAAGUUUCUAACUGAUGGUAUGCUGGUGAGGGAGAUGAUGGCUGAUCCUUUAUUAACAAGAUACAGUGUCCUCAUGCUGGAUGAAGCCCAUGAAAGGACUCUUUAUACAGAUAUUGCCAUUGGCUUACUUAAAAAGGUUCAAAAGAAGCGUGGGGAUCUUCGACUGAUUGUGGCUUCAGCCACCUUGGAUGCAGAGAAAUUCAGGGAUUUCUUUAAUCAAAAUGAUACCGGUGACCCCAGCAAAGAUACCAGUGUGAUCCUUACUGUCGAGGGGAGAACGUUUCCAGUGGACAUCUUUUACAUACAAAGUCCUGUUCCAGACUAUAUAAAAUCAACUGUGGAAACUGCAAUGAAAAUUCACCAGAUGGAGAAUGAUGGUGAUAUACUGGCAUUUUUAACUGGCCAGGAGGAAGUGGAGACUGUUGUUUCUAUGCUCAUAGAACAGGCUCGAGCCCUUUCUCGCACUGGAAUGAAAAAACACCUCCGUGUUCUCCCCAUGUAUGCUGGGCUGCCUUCUCCUGACCAAAUGAAAGUGUUUGAGAGAGUUUCUCACAGUGUCAGGAAGGUCAUAGUAGCCACCAACAUUGCUGAGACCUCCAUCACAGUUCACGGAAUUGCAUUCGUAAUUGAUUGUGGUUUUGUGAAGCUUAGGGCCUAUAACCCCAAAACAGCCAUCGAAUGCCUUGUGGUGGUACCAGUAUCUAAAGCUUCGGCUAAUCAGAGAGCAGGACGUGCAGGACGGAACCAAAAAUGUUACAGGCUUUAUACAGAGGAGGACUUUGAGAAGUUGCCAAAGUCCACUGUUCCUGAGAUGCAGCGCAGUAACCUUGCACCUGUCAUCUUGCAGCUGAAGGCAUUGGGAAUCGACAACGUGCUCAGGUUCCCCUUUCUUUCGCCACCCCCUGCACAGUCAAUGGUGCAAGCUUUAGAAUUGCUGUAUGCUUUAGGAGGUUUGGAUAUGCACUGCCGUUUAACAGAGCCUCUUGGAAUGAGAAUAGCAGAGUUUCCUUUGAAUCCUAUGUUUGCAAAGAUGCUUCUGGAAUCAGGAAAUUUUGGCUGUUCCCAGGAGAUUUUGACAAUUGCUGCCAUGAUGCAAAUUCAAAACAUUUUUGUGAUCCCUCCAAAUCAAAAAGCUCAGGCUGCCAGGCAACACAGAAAGUUUGCUGUAGAAGAAGGUGAUCAUCUCACUAUGCUUAAUGUUUAUGAAGCCUUUGUCAAACACAGCAAGAGCUCGCAGUGGUGUCAGGAACACUUUCUCAACUACAAAGGGCUUGUUAGAGCUUCUGUUGUAAGAGAGCAGCUGAAAAAGCUCCUUGUCCGCUUUAAAGUGCCAAAGAAGUCCAGUGAAGGUGAUCCAGAUCCCGUUUUGAGAUGCAUAGUUUCUGGAUUCUUUGCUAAUGCAGCUAAAUUCCACUCUACUGGAGCUUACAGGACUAUCCGUGAUGACCAUGAACUUCAUAUCCACCCCACUUCAGUGUUGUAUGCAGAGAAACCUCCACGCUGGGUAGUCUACAAUGAAGUCGUACAGACUGCUAAAUAUUACAUGAGAGAUGUGACUGCUGUUGAAUCUGCAUGGCUCUUGGAACUGGCGCCUCAUUUUUACCAGCAAGGAACGCAUCUUUCCUUGAAAGCAAAAAGGGUUAAAGUAGAUGACCACUGAUUUGAGAUGACAUCAGACACAGAACCUACCAGUGAUUUCAAGCUGGCUACAGUCCAUUCAGCAGCCAGUUCAUUAGCAAUUUGAUCUUACAUCAACUUAAAUGUUUAAAUGCCUGCCAGGGGUUUAUGCAUGACCAGUACAUUGUAAACCUAUGUAGAGCUUGCAUUGUGGACAUUUUAUUCUUUGCCUACUUGAC